AUGUCAAUUAGUGGGAUCUGUCGUAGGCACCCUCGUCACCCCAAGAUCGCUUCCGUCAUGGCUUCCAUUCAUAUCCAACGAUCAAACCUAAAGGUCAAACCUUUGAGGCUUUUGACGACGUUUAAAUCAGAUUUCUUCUUUGUCAAAUCUCAGUUUUGUGCAUCUCCAGAAUCAUCGAAGACCCAUCUGCUCUUAAUCUCUCCCUGUGGUGGUACAAAACUGUGGCUAGAGAACACUAAUAUCAAAGCGAGAGUCAUGUCAUUGGUGAGGUCGGCAGAGCUAUCUGCUGCAGCAGCAUAUAGGAACCCGAAGCUUUACUCUUUGAAUGAGAAUGGUUACAACACUGGUGGUGGCACUUCAGUUGAAAUGUUUGAUCCAGACAGGUCCAAGAACACUUGCCUGACUGAUGAUUCUUACCCAAGCCAAAGCUAUGAGAAGUACUUUCUCGAUUCCCCUACAGACGAGUUUGCACAACAACAACACCCUGUUGGCUCUGGUGGUGCCUCGGUUAGCUCAUUUGGCUCUCUGGAAUCGUUUCCUUACCAGUCUAGACCGGUUCUUGGUUGCUCCAUGGAGUAUCAGUUGCCGUUUGAUUCAACCUCAACUUCAUCAAUGAGUCUCUUUGGAGGUUACCAAGUGGCAACUCAAAGUCCAAGCAUGGAGUUUGAUGAUGAACAAAUGAGAUCAAAGAUUCAAGAGCUCGAAAGAGCCCUUCUCGACGACGAAGAUGAUGAUGAUAAGAUGAUUGGUAUAGAUCAACUGAUGGAGAUUGACAACGAAUGGUCUCCCAAAGAAUCCUCAUCCGAAGAUUCCAACUCUCACGCAAGCAGCAAAGAGGUAAUCUCACAAUCAACAACAACAACAACUCCAAAGCAAAUCCUUAUCUCUUGCGCGCACGCCUUAUCUGAAGGCAAGUCAGAAGAAGCAUUGUCAAUGGUGAACGAGCUUCGACAGAUAGUAUCAAUCCAAGGAGACCCUUCUCAGAGAAUCGCAGCUUACAUGGUCGAAGGCCUCGCUGCAAGAAUGGCUGCUUCAGGUAAGUUCCUCUACAAAGCAUUGAAAUGCAAAGAGCCUCCUUCCGACGAGAGGCUAGCUGCAAUGCAAGUCCUCUUCGAGGUCUGCCCUUGCUUCAAGUUCGGUUUCUUAGCAGCUAACGACGCAAUAAUCGACUCCAUCAGAGGUGAAGAAGAGGUCCACAUAAUAGAUUUCGAUAUAAACCAAGGGAACCAAUACAUGACGCUGAUCAAAACCAUUGCUGAUCUUCCCGUUAGAGGCCGUCCUCGCCUGAGGUUAACAGGCGUUGACGACCCUGAGUCAGUCCAACGCUCAGUCGGCGGGCUGAGAAUCAUAGGCCUUAGACUCGAGCAGCUCGCUAAAGACCACGGAGUGUCCUUCACAUUCAAAGCAGUAGCCUCCAAGACCAACAUCGUCUCUCCCUCCACGCUCGGCUGCAAACCAGGAGAGGCAUUGAUCGUCAACUUCGCGUUCCAGCUCCACCACAUGCCUGACGAGAGCGUCACGACGGUGAACCAGCGCGACGAGCUGCUCCACAUGGUCAAAAGCCUGAACCCGAAGCUGGUCACGGUCGUGGAGCAAGACGUGAACACGAACACUUCCCCGUUCUUCCCGAGAUUCAUGGAGGCUUACGAGUACUACUCCGCGGUUUUCGACUCUCUUGACAUGACGCUUCCGAGGGAGAGCCAAGAGAGGAUGAACGUGGAGAGGCAGUGUCUCGCUAGGGACAUUGUCAACAUCGUUGCUUGCGAGGGAGAGGAGAGGAUAGAGAGGUACGAGGUUGCUGGGAAAUGGAGAGCGAGGAUGAUGAUGGCGGGGUUCAGUCCGAGGCCCAUGAGUGGGAGAGUGAGGAGCAAUAUAGAGACUCUGAUAAAGCGAGAUUAUUGCAGUAAGUAUAAGGUUAAAGAGGAAAUGGGUGAGCUUCACUUUUGCUGGGAGGAGAAGAGUUUGAUUGUUGCUUCGGCUUGGAGGUAAAAAAGAGUCGUUAUGUUUCUAUAAAAACAAAAAGACUUUAUUUUAUGUUUUAUUUCGAAUGUUUUGUGUUAUAUUUAAAACUGGUUAGGUCAAUCCAUCUCUCCAUGUAUUAUUAUUAACCAGAGAUCAGGGAUAUGAUCAGAGGUUCUUAAGCUAACCUAACACUUAUGGUUACAAUUAUUUGUUUUCGUCUCUCUUAUAUAUAAAAGCAGAGUUUUUUUUUGUUUUACA